GAAUUAGAGGAUUGAUCUCAAAGAGGUGAGGUAUUGGUCACUUCACGAGUUUCGGAGAACUUGCUUGGAACGAAGCUGUACUUUCUGCGUGCUUCAAGCAUUUGUGGACAUUUUGCAAUUGACACCGUAGAGCAUCCCCUUGGCAGACCAUGGGGAGGAAGGAGGAUGAGAAGCGUAAAGCCAAGGCAAAAGCCAAAGCAGCAGGAAAGAAAGGCGGCAAUUCAGCUCUUGUAGAUAAAGUUCAGAAGGAGGCCAUGCUGAAAGGUAAUGUCAAGAGAGCCGCAGUGUUGGAGACUGCUGUGGUCACAGGGGUGCUGGCAUCACAGCAACAAGCGAUGGACAUCAAGAUCGAGCAGUUCUCGAUGAGUGUGUAUGGAAAAGAAUUUAUCAAGGACACAAAGCUGGAGCUCAAUUUUGGGCGUCGAUAUGGCCUUAUUGGUAUGAAUGGAUCUGGCAAGUCCACAAUGCUUGCUGCAAUCGCAGCUCGCGAAAUACCCAUUCCAGACCACGUAGACAUUUGGUUUCUGGACAGUGAGGCCAAGCCAGAAGACAUCACUGCUGUGCAGGCUGUAGUGAACGUGGUAGCUGAUGAGCACAAGCGCUUGGAGGAGCUGUCAAUCAAGCUACUGGAAGAGGACCCUGAGAAGAACGCCGACUACCUGCAGGUCAUUGGGGACAAACUGGACAAGAUGGAUCCGUCAACCUUUGAGCCCAGAGCAUGCGAGCUUUUGCAUGGACUGGGUUUCAGCAAGCAGAUGAUGCAGAAGGCCACAAAGGACAUGUCUGGUGGCUGGCGAAUGCGAGUUGCACUCGCGCAAGCGUUGUUUGUUGAGCCAAUGUUGCUUGUUCUUGAUGAGCCGACAAAUCACCUUGAUCUUGGAGCUUGCGUUUGGUUGGAGGAGUACUUGUCUCGAUAUCCCAACACGCUUUUGUUCACUUCUCACUCGGAGGACUUCAUGAACGGUGUUUGCACCAACAUCAUGCAGCUGACACAGAAAGGAACUCUUGUUGUAUGGGGCGGCAACUAUGACAUGUACAUCAAAACAAGAACUGAAGUUGAGAAGAACCAGCUGACAAAGUACAAGAAGGAGCAGGAGGAUAUCAAGCAUCUGCAGGAUUUCAUUCGCUCCUGCGGUACCUAUGCCAACAUGAGAGUGCAGGCGGAGUCCAAGCAGAAGAUUAUUGACAAGAUGAUAGAGGCAGGCCUCGCUGAGAAGCCCGUUGCAGAUCCGACCUAUGAGUUCUCUUUUCCUGAAUCCGAGAAGAUCUCUCCACCAGUUAUGGCAUUUGCAAAUGUGUCCUUCUCCUAUUCUGGCAAAAAGGAGGAUCAUCUCUAUGAGAAUUUGGAGCUGGGUGUGGACUUGGAUUCACGCAUUGCGCUUGUAGGGCCAAAUGGCGCUGGAAAGUCUACCCUUCUGAAGCUCAUGCUGCAGCAGAUUGAGCCAACAGUGGGUGAGGUCAAAAGAAGCGGAAAGCUGCGGAUUGGACACUACAACCAGCACAGUGAGGCAGUGCUGGAUUUGGAAGCGACACCGUUGCAGUUCCUCAAAGACCUUUACCCAGAGGGUGUUGUCACAACGUCUGGGAAGAAGAAGAUGGAAGACUCCGAGUGGCGAGGCAAACUGGGAUCCUUCGGUAUCACUGGAGACUUCCAGACACGAAAGAUGAAGACCAUGUCUGAUGGGAUGAGGACCAGAGUAGUGAUGCUGCUCAUCGCGCUGGUGAAUCCGCACGUUUUGCUGUUGGACGAACCUACAAAUCAUUUAGACAUGCAGUGUAUUGACGCAUUGGCGAGUGCAAUCAACAAGUUCACUGGUGGAGUGGUCCUGGUUAGCCACGACUUCCGCUUGAUCAGUCAGGUUGCAAAGGAGAUCUGGGUUUGUGAUAAAAAAACCGUCAGCAGAUGGGAAGGUGAUAUCCAAUCCUACAAGAAGCGCUUGAAGAAAGAGGUGAUGAAGAAGUUCAAAGCAUAGCAUACGGAGGACAGGAGUUUUGUUAUCGUCCAAGCAGCUGAGGUGCCUUGCGAUAUUUUCCGCGCCUGUUUGGGCUCCAAAGACAGUCCAAUUAUGGCCUGAUUGUACAGACAAAGUCACAGAGUUCAGGCUCAAAAUCUUCUUCAAUCAGCGCAAAAUAUCAUCACUCAACCACUAUGUUCAACUUUGCAGCUAGGGGGGUUUCAGCUGUUGUUUAGGUGCUUGAGCUGGCCAGAGUUGCCCAAUGAAAAGCUUGUUGCUGCGGCUGUGCACUUCUUCUUUCAAACAAAGGCUUUGCGCAAGC